AUGGCGGAUUCAGUCAACCUCAGCUCUGGUCAGGUCGGCUCCAGGUUCGUCACUCAGAAUGAGCUCGACGAUGCCCGUGAACGGCGAGAGGAGCAGUGGAGGCAGGCCUACGCUAGACUGGGCCAAGAGCCGCCGCCCAAGCCGACCGAAGACGCGUACGACGGUCGAUCGUUGGCAGAGAAAUUGGCCGCGAACAGAGCGGCCAAGCAGGAAGAAUGGGAGGAGAAAAACAAGCUCGCAAACCAGUUCCGCGCACUCGAGGAGGACGAAAUCAUGUUUCUCGAUUCGGUACGCGAAAAGCAGGAGGCUGCCGAGCGUGAACGCAAGGAACGCGACGGCGAGGAGGUCAAGUCAUUCAGGGAAGCCGUGGCCUCGAAGGUAAUCGUCAAAUCACCGCCUCCUGCGCCCGCGCCCGCUCCGGCUGCGCCUAAAACUACAGCAUCGGCCCCACCGGCGAAGAAGCCCGGCAAGACACUCAAAGGCGUCGUGGUCAAGAAGAAGGCAAUUAAGCCUGCAGCCACCGCCUCCGCUUCAGCUCCAACCGCCGGAAGCCCAAGUAAAGACGAAGAUGCACCGCCAGAUGCCAAGCGGCGUAAGAUUGCGUAG